AUGGGCUAUGGCGUGUUCAUGUUUGGUUUCGACUCCAUGUCUAGAAUGGCCUGGCUGAGAAAUCUGCCCAAAUCCAGAGAGUUCUACACCAGAGAUCUGAAGGGGAUGGAGCUGACAGGCUACAACAUUGUCGGGGACGCUACAGUUAACAACCUCCUGCCCCUGUUGACGGGCCAGUCUCUAAAGGACCUGUACUCUGCCAGGUGGGACGACCCCUAUGCCAGCCAUGUGGAUGACUUCCCUUUUAUCUGGAAGAGCUUCAAGUCUGCUGGAUACGUCACGGCCUGGGGCGAGGAUAAGGCUUAUGGUGGCACCUUCCAGAUGCGACUGGUGGGAUUCAACUCCACCCCAACUGACCACUCGAUGCGACCCUACUACGUCGCUGCGGAAUCAAUGUAUGCAAAUUUUCUGCCGUACUGUGUUGGGUCAGAGCCACGUCACAUCCGGUUCCUGAACUGGUUCAAGGAUGUGUUCAAGAUGUACGGAAGGAAACCAAAGUUUGUGUUUGGGUUCCAUGCGGAGUUCAGCCACGACAAUAACAACCAGAUGAAGAAGAUGGACGAUGAUCUACUGACUUAUCUAAAGUACCUCAACACCAGCGGUUACCUUGACCACACAAUCCUGAUCCUUAUGUCUGACCACGGGGCAAGAAUCGACCAGAUUAGAGGAACUCCACAAGGGAAGCUUGAGGAACGACUGCCAUAUUUUUCAUUCCGGUUCCCACCGUCGUUCAAAAAAUCAUUUCCUGAAGAAUUUCUAAAUUUUAAAAAUAACAGACCUAGGCUGGUCACCCCUUUUGACGUGUAUGAGACAUUCCACCACAUGUUAAACGUUCGUGGUCCACCAGUGGAUCAUUCCAAAAACAGGGGGACCAGCUUGUUUAGAGUGAUCCCCAAAACGAGAACGUGCGCUGACGUUGAGGUCAAGCCACACUUCUGCUCAUGCGCGAACCUUAAAGAAGUCAAGAACGAGUCUAUGCUAAACCGUCUAUCCAAUGAGGUCGUCGCUUACAUCAAUAACCAGACUAAUAAAGUCCGUAAUCUGUGCUCUAUUCUCAGUUUAGCUGAAGUCAUCAACAUAUUUAAGUACACCACACACGGUGGUACGUCUAACCAACAUGAACCUGACCCCGCCAGUUUAUUCCAGUUUUACCAAGUGACCUUCAGAACCUCGCCAAACGACGGCGUCUACGAGGCGACGGUCAAGCACUUGGUGCCGUCUGAUACUCUUGUGGUCAGUGACUGGCAGAUUAGCCGGAUUAACCGUUACGGUGAUGCCGCGGCUUGCAUAGAACAAACGUUUCCAUUUUUAAGACAAUUUUGUUUCUGUAAGAAUAAUGGGAAUACAUGAUACUGUAAUAAAAAUUAGAGGAUUUUUUCACAUUUUACCAUGCGUUUUGCUGCAGACAGGUAAAAAAAAACAAAAUAGUUGUAGUGAAAAGAUGAAAUGAGAGUGGGACAUUUUCAAACUGGUGAAGGAAGGACAAAUUAGUGUUAUAGAAUACAUAGAAUACAUGACAAUGUGUUGAGAAUAUAUAGAAUAAAUUGUGUAGUUUUUGUCAGUGUGAUUGUGUCUAGACGUAUUUGAGACAUUCUUUAAAA